CGGCGCCCGCCGGAAGGGGAGGAGCGGCUGGUCCGGUUUCCUGGCGACGCGGCGAAGCAGGUGGCACCUUUCCGGGCCGUUAGCCUCUCGUCUUCCCGGCGCGCGAGUUAGGCCGUCAUGCCUUGGCUGCUCUCAGCCCCCAAGCUGGUUCCCGCUAUAGCAAACGCCCGCGGCGUCUCAGGAUGUAUGUUGUGUGCACAGCGAAGGUACUCUCUUCAGCCUGUCCCAGAAAGGAGGAUUCCACACCGAUACUUGGGCCAGCCCAGCCCCUUUACACACCCACACCUCCUCAGACCAGGGGAGGUAACUCCAGGACUAUCUCAGGUGGAAUAUGCACUUCGCAGACAUAAACUAAUGUCUCUGAUCCAGAAGGAAACACAAGGACAGAGUGGGACAGACCAGACAGUGGUUGUGCUCUCCAACCCUACAUACUACAUGAGCAACGAUAUUCCCUAUACUUUCCACCAAGACAACAAUUUCCUGUACCUGUGUGGAUUCCAAGAGCCUGAUAGUAUUCUCGUCCUUCAAAGCCUCCCUGGCAAACAAUUACCAUCACACAAAGCCAUACUUUUUGUGCCUCGGCGAGAUCCCAGUCGAGAACUUUGGGAUGGCCCACGAUCUGGCACUGAUGGAGCAAUAGCUCUAACUGGAGUGGAUGAAGCCUAUUCUCUAGAAGAAUUUCAACAUCUUUUACCAAAAAUGAAAGCUGAGACGAACAUGGUUUGGUAUGACUGGAUGAGGCCCUCACAUCCACAGCUUCACUCUGACUACAUGCAGCCCCUGACUGAGGCCAAAGCCAGGAGCAAGAACAAGGUUCGGGGUGUUCAACAGCUGGUACAGCGCCUCCGGCUGAUCAAAUCUCCUGCAGAAAUUGAACGAAUGCAGAUUGCUGGGAAGCUGACAUCACAGGCUUUCAUAGAGACCAUGUUUGCCAGUAAAGCCCCUGUGGAAGAAGCCUUUCUUUAUGCUAAGUUUGAAUUUGAAUGCCGGGCUCGUGGCGCUGACAUCUUAGCCUAUCCGCCUGUGGUGGCUGGUGGGAAUAGGUCAAACACUUUGCACUAUGUGAAAAAUAAUCAACUCAUCAAGGAUGGGGAAAUGGUACUUCUGGAUGGAGGUUGUGAGUCUUCCUGCUAUGUGAGUGACAUCACACGUACCUGGCCAGUCAAUGGCAGGUUCAGCGCACCUCAGGCAGAACUCUAUGAAGCUGUUCUAGAGAUCCAGAGAAAUUGUUUGGCCCUCUGCUUCCCUGGAACAAGCUUGGAGAAUAUCUACAGCAUGAUGCUGACCCUGACAGGACAGAAGCUUAAAGAUUUGGGGAUCAUGAAGAACAUUAAGGAAAAUAAUGCCUUUAAGGCUGCUCGAAAAUACUGCCCUCAUCAUGUUGGCCACUACCUUGGGAUGGAUGUCCACGACACUCCAGACAUGCCCCGUUCCCUCCCUCUACAGCCUGGGAUGGUAAUCACAAUUGAGCCAGGCAUUUAUAUUCCAGAGGAUGACAGAGAUGCCCCAGAGAAGUUUCGGGGUCUUGGUGUACGAAUUGAGGAUGAUGUAGUGGUGACUCAGGACUCACCUCUCAUCCUUUCUGCAGAUUGUCCCAAAGAGAUGAAUGACAUUGAACAGAUAUGUAGCCCAGCCUCUUGACCUUCACUGCAGCCCACAUGCACCUCAGGUUCAAGACGAGUGUAUGCUGUCAUCCCUGCACAUGUGCUUUCUGAAUAUCUCUGUGUGUGCAUUCAUAUACAUAUUCCAUUUGGGAAUACAGCAGCUGUGUGAAUGUAUGUAAUCGUGGGGGGGGGGAGUUUUGUUUUAAGUAGUUAGAUGUCUGAAAAAAUGAAUUUUUGAAUAGGAUGUCACUGCAGCUUUGGUAACAUUAAUUGUAUAGAAUUUAUGACCAGACAAGUUUAAUUUUUAAACAUAAAGAAAGGUCUUGGUUACAUAUGUCCAUGCAUUCCAGUUAACACAUUUAAACAUAUAGAAAUUCACUUCUUUCAAGUCCUUCCCUUUCUGUUCUUUUGCUGAGAUCCACCCAAUAUCAUAAUAAGUUCGUAUGAUGCCUGUAUUUUUAGCUAAUUACCAAGGUCUCUGCUUAUGCUAAAAUUCACCUGUUGGUGAUUGUGGGUGGCCAAUACAUGCCUUAUGUAACUCCCCCACCUAGUCUAUAUCCUGCGUGUCUACUGGAGCCACAUGAACCCUCAGGGGCACUGGUGUCCUGCAUGCUUACUAGUCAGCCACAGUCCAGGUUCCAACAACAAUGGCUACCUACCAAACAAAACAGUUGUGAGCCUUUCUUGCCAUUUGGUUGCCUAGGACCUGGAAAGUGUUUAGAUUCUUGAUAAAGAAGGAAAUUCUUGAUAAAGAAGAGAAAGAAAAGUAUGUAAGUAUCUACUAAAUAUCUGGACAUCAGGGCUGGGCAUGGUGGCUCACGCCUGUAAUCUCAGCAUUUUGGGAGGUCGAGGCAGGUGGGUCAUUUGAAACCAGGAGGUUGAGACCAGCCUGGCCAACAUGGUGAAACCCUGUCUCUACUAAAAAUACAGAAAUUAGUCAGGCGUGGUGGUUCACGCCUGUAAUCCCAGCUACUUGGGGGGCUGAGGCAUGACAAUUGCUUGAACCUGGGAGGUGGAGGCUGCUGUGAGCUGAGACCAUGCGACUGCACUCCAGCCUGAAUGACUGAGUGAAGCUCUCUGCUUCAAAAAAAAUCCAAAAAAAAAAAAAAAAAUCCAGACAUCCAGCCAUCUUUUCAAUUUAAGAUGAUUUCUUAAUGAUGCCUUCAAAAAUUAAUAAAAAGAAAAAAGAAU